AUGGAGUACAAUAUGCAAACUAAUUGGGUGGUACAAAAAUUUGGUGGUACUUCAGUUGGUAAGUUUCCAACCGACAUUGUUGAUGAUAUUAUAAAGUUCUACACCGAAGAAAAUAAUAACAGUGUCGCAGUGGUGUGUUCUGCGAGAUCCUCUUACACCAAAGCUGAAGGUACUACAUCCAGGUUACUGCGCUGUUGUGAUUUAGCUUCCCAGGAAUCGGAUUAUACCCAGAUUAUUGAAGCUGUAAGGCAAGACCAUGUUCAAAAUGCUGAAGCCUAUAUCCAAAAUCCAGUAUUGCAAACAAAAUUAGUGACAGAUACGAACAAAGAACUGGAUAUGGUCAGUAAAUAUUUGGAGGCGUCCAAAAUUUUGGGUGAAGUCAGUCCAAGAACAAUGGAUUUGGUAAUGGCAUGCGGUGAAAAAUUGAGUUGUCUCUUUAUUGCAACCCUAUGUAAUGAUCGUGGUUGCAAAGCUAAAUUCGUUGAUCUAACGCAUAUUAUCCCCUCUGAUUUUACUGCGACUACAUUAGAUAGUAGCUUUUACGCUUUAAUGGUAUCGGCAUUAAGGAAAACACUGCAACCUUUUGUCAGUUCCAGGGAAAAGAUCGUACCUGUAUUCACUGGUUUUUUCGGUCUAGUACCAAUGGGUUUAUUGAAUGGUGUUGGUCGUGGCUACACAGAUCUUUGUGCCGCAUUGAUUGCUGUUGCAUUAAAUGCGGACGAGUUGCAGGUGUGGAAAGAAGUUGAUGGUAUAUUUACUGCUGAUCCACGUAAAGUUUCUCAGGCACGUUUACUGGAUAGUGUUACACCUGAAGAGGCUGCCGAAUUGACAUACUAUGGUUCCGAAGUUAUUCAUCCAUUUACCAUGGAACAAGUUAUUAGAGCAAAGAUUCCUAUUAGAAUUAAAAACGUGCAAAAUCCCAAGGGUGACGGUACCAUUAUCUAUCCUGACGAUGUUGCUAAGAAGGGAGAAGCAACCCCACCGCAUCCACCUGAGGCUUUAUCUUCAUCCUUCUUUGAAAAAAAGAGAAGAGGCGCAACAGCAAUUACAACUAAAAACGAUAUUAUUGUACUGAAUAUUCAUUCAAAUAAGAAGACUUUAUCACAUGGAUUUUUGGCUCAAAUAUUCACUAUUUUGGACAGAUACAAGCUGGUUGUUGAUUUAAUCUCUACUUCAGAAGUUCACGUCUCGAUGGCUUUACCCAUACCAGACUCUGAUGCCUUGAAGAGUUUAAGACUUGCUGUGGAAAAAUUGAAACCUUUAGGUAAAGUUGAUCUCAUCAAAAAGAUGGCUAUCGUUUCCCUUGUUGGUAAGCAAAUGAAGCAGUAUAUUGGCAUUGCUGGCACCAUGUUUUCUACAUUAGCUGCAAAUGGUAUCAAUAUUGAAAUGAUAUCUCAGGGUGCUAACGAAAUAAAUAUUUCCUGCGUCAUUGAAGAAGUUGACUCCAUAAAGGCUUUGCAGUCUAUUCAUGCGAAAUUGCUUGAAGACAAUAAGUCGAAAAACAGCUUUGAACAUGCGAUUAAUGAACGUUUGGAACAAAUAAAAAAUUUAGAUCUUUGA